AUGUUGCUUGACGAGCCCACAGCCAAAUGCUUUGUUUUGCAUGAGAAUAAUAUACCGAAAGAAGACGAUAAGGAUCCCAUUAAACUAUUCGGUUUUAUUUCGUGCCUAGUGGAGUGUAUUUACACCAAACGUCAUUAUAUUGGUAAAAAUAGCGAAACUUUAAAUAUGAAAGCGGUCAAAGCGGAUGCUGAAAACUUAUAUGCCGCACGGCCGAAGGAGAAACAAUAUCAUGUGGAAUUGUACGAAUUUUGCCGGAAAGAGGCUUUUAAACUCUACACUCUGAUCAAGGCUAGUCCCGCUGGUUUGGUGAUCUUCAAAAAUUCGUGUAAACCAUAUUUUGUUUUUGUUUAUCUUUGUCAAAUUGAAUAUCAUAAAAAGAAGACAUGUCCCUACUUUAUGUGGCAAGGCAACGAGGAUGAUGAGACGAUGUUGAGCCAGUGUAAGGCUGCUAAGGAGCAAUGUUAUAAAAUUGAUGGUUUGACUCCUCCAGAACAAAAAUAA